CCAAAAUGUUGAGGCCAUAUCGUUUCGUUCGGGUGGUAUUUUGAAGCUAAGUGCCACGGCCUUUACGAAGAUGUGCAAUCUUAGAUUCAUCGAAGUAUAUGCAAUGUCUUUCAGAGUGCUCCUUCCUAAGAACUUUGAAUUUUGUGCACAAGCACUAAGAUAUCUUUACUGGUAUUCUUAUCCUCUGGAAUCUUUGCCGUUAAAUUUUUGGCCAAAGAAUCUUGUAGAACUUCACAUGCGUUUUAACAAUCUCAAACAACUGUGGAAUGGAGGAGAUAAGCCUCUUGGAAGUUUGAAAUUAAUGGACCUCAGCUACUCUUAUCGCCUGAUCAGGAUUCCGAACUUGUCUAGUAUUGCCCCAAAUCUCGAGUUUUUAUAUUUGGAAGGAUGUAAGAGCUUGGUUGAAACUCCCUCUCUUCAAAAUCUGAGCAAGCUUACUGAACUUUAUUUAAAUGGAUCCAAUAAAAUCAAAGAUUGUCCAGAGAUUCCGUGUAAUAUAAGGAUUCUAAAAUUAUACGGAACUGGAAUAAAACAACUGCCCUCAUCAAUUAAGCAUCUGUCUCAACUUGUCAUAUUGUCCUUGGAUGGGUGUACACUCUUGAGUCUUCCAAGCAGCAUUGGCAAUUUGAAACGUCUUGAAGAACUUCAUCUAGCUGAAUGUUUACUCGUGACUAUUCCAAGCAACAUAGGCGAGUUGAAAUGUCUUGAAAAGUUAUUUCUCCGGAAUUGCUCAUAUUUAGCAAGUCUUCCUGAAAGCAUCAAACAACUUUCGAAGUUGAAACUGCUUGAUUUAAGAGAUUGCGAGAGUCUUAAGAGUUUACCAGAGCUUCCGUCAUGCUUAAAAUUUUUAAAAGCAAUUGAUUGCCACUCUCUGGAAUCUGCAUCAAUUUCUUUCAAUUUCAAUUGCACAUUUCUUGAUUUUAGUCAUUGCUUCAAAUUGAAUAAGAAAGUAAUGGAGGAUGUUUUUGAAGCGCACCUAUUGGGUCAGAAAGUUACAUUAUUGAUGGCAGGAGGUGAAGUGCCAGAAUGGAUGAGGUAUAAGAAUAAAGGAUCCUCGCUUUCCUUCAAACUUCACCUUCGUCACGUAAUUGCCUUCUCUUUCUGCGUUGUUCUUAGUCCCUAUGGUGAUGUUUAUUUUCCUGGAUUUGAAGUGGAUUUCAUAUGUGAAUCUGGAAAUAGGCGGGAACAUAAUGCGUUCAACUUAUUUAGCGAUAAGGACGUUGCGAAUUGGAAUGGUUAUCCGUAUCUUUCGGACUUAUCACACGUGUUGCUUUCAUUCAAUGGAUUGAGGACACGUUUUGAUGAAGAGUGUUUCGUUGAGGCCUCAUUUUGCUUCAACACUGACUAUUACAUGGAUCGGCCAGAAAUUAUGGAGUGUGGGGUCCAUCCUAUAUAUAGUAGAGAUAAAAGGAGAAGCAGAAAUGAAAAGCAUCAAGAUGACGAGGAAUGCCAAUAA